AUGUUACCCAAUUUAAUAUCAAUCACUACCGCGUUGUCGGUUAACGUAACUGGGCGGAUGGUGCGGCGUGGAGAAACUGCCCUGUUCCUCGCGAUUCGAGCCGACUGCAGCGGCUCUCACCUGGCAUCCAUUCAGUUUCUUCUUCAGAACGGUGCCGACGUGAACGCAAGGAAUAGCGGCGGAGAAACGCCCGUUCAUCUUUGCGUGCGCAUGAACAAGCCGGACUGUCUGAAGCUUCUGCUGCUCAACUGGAAUGUUGAUCUGUCGUUGAGGAGCGUCGAGCAGCUUACUCCGACCCAGCUGGCCGCUAAGUUGUCGAACGAAAUUUGCGAGAACCUGAUCCACAAGUGGGAGAACAAUCAGAAGUCAUCUUUCGGGGACGUCGAAAUUCCGUUGUCGUUGCUACAUUCUAACCUCAGCGACAGUGUCAUCGCGUCUGACGGCGAGUGCUCGACCGAUUCCGGUCACUUCGGUGACGUCAGUCCGUCUGCAAUGUCCAUUUCUCUUCUGAAACCGUCUGCAUACAGUAGCUUACGCAAUCGAACGUUUCCUCGGCGAGAAGCGCGACGGCAUGCGAACAGCUCGGUCAGUUUAUGCUUACCCAAUUCAGAUGUGUCAGCAAGUGCCGCUUCUUCAGAUCGAACUGUCGUUUUAAGCAUUCCUAGGCUUGAUCAUCAGGACAGUGUCAAAAAUUUAGAGACACCUAAAGAAGCGAAGCCUGUUCCGCCAAAACCUGCUCCGCGAAAGAAGAAAGGCCCACCGGUUCAUCAGAAGAGGUGCCGCGCACUUUACAGCUGCACUGCGGAUUAUCCAGAUGAACUUAGUUUCUCGAAAGGAGAUAUCAUUAUCGUUAGCAAGGACCACGUUAGUGGCGAAGAUGAAUAUUGGAUGGAAGGAUAUAUCUUGGGCCAUCCUGAACGUUGCGGCAUGUUUCCGGUUUCCUUUGUUACUUUCGAUAAGGAUGGUGGAACUUAG